UAGUACCCUUAGAGGAAACGGUGAUUGGUCCAAGCUUGGUAAACGACUGGCGCAACUCUACAUAACUUUGGGACAAGAGUUAAAUUGAAGCUUGGCCCAAGCCAGUCCUAGUCUCGAAAUGAUAACCUCCUCCCAAGCUUGGCUGCCAGACUUGUGCCACGACUGUUGCUAAAUAAGCACCUAUGCUUAUUAAAAAUAAAUUGAAAAAAAAAAAAAAAAAAAAAUAUUAGUAGACAUGUGCGGGAUGGUAACAUAUGGAAAUAAAUUUGUAUACAGAGAAAUCAGGUGGAUCGAUGAAACUAAUUUUUUUUUUGCAUUUGCUGGGUCUCGAACCUGGUCCUUCAUGACUGCUAGGCAAGCGUCUUAUCCACUAGGCUGUUACGCUGUUCACAAAAGUCAGGAGUUUUUAGGUCAUAAAUAACUCUACCGGUUUUAUCUAUGGAAGGAUAAUUCUAAAACGAAGCACUUUGUUAUCAAAUUAAAGAAUUCAAUUUGUUUAGUUACUAAAUUAAUUGUUGAAAAAAAAUAUAAAAAUUUAUAAUCGAAAAUAAUUUUAAUUAAACUCUAAACAUGGAAGUCAUUUUGAACGAUUUUCCAGUGAAAAAAAAUAAAAAUGGCGACUAUUGUUUAAAAAAUAUUUAUAAACAUACUAAACUACCAUACAAUAGUUUCUACCGAGAAUUUAAAAAAAAAAAAUACAUUACGAGAGGUGAAUUAAAUUAUUUCUUUCGAAAAUAUAAAGAUCGUGGUAAAGUAGACGAUUUUGAAGAAAAACUUAAUUUAUUUGAGGAAAAUAAAUGGAUUAAAAAAGUGGCUGUUAUAAUAAAAGAUAAUAAUUUUGAUUUACAAAUUGAUAAAUUAUUCAUAAAAGUAUGGACUGCUUUUGAAAGUCAAGUCGGUAAAUAUAUUAUUUCUUUCCUAAUACUGAAAUCAAUGGAAUUUGAUAGUAAAUUCAAUUUUGACAAGCAAUUAUCAAAAUUUGUUAAAUUGUUAGAAACUAAUAAAGUAGGUGAUAAAACCAUUCGAAAUUUUAAAAGUUGUAUUAAGUCGCUAAACAAAUGUAGCGCAAAAAAAGUCAAGAAGUAUUACACUAAUUUCGGAAAAAUAUUCGAUUGCUACAAAAAUAAUAUUGCUAAGUUAGAAAAACAAAAACUACGAAACGAUAAUCAGGAAUUAAGAGAACAAUUAAAUGAAAUAGAAACUCAGUUUCAUAAAAAAAAAACUCAUUUCAAUGAAAAAAAAACUCAGUUAAAUGAAAUAGAAACUCAGUUAAAUGAAAAAAUAACUCAGUUAAAUGAAAUAAAAACUCAGUUAAAUGAAAUAAAAACUCAGUUAAAUGAAAAGGAAACUCAGUUAAAUGAAAAAGAUACUCAAUUGAAUGAACUUAUUCAUAUCAAUAGUAGUAAUGGAAUAGUUUUAGACGAUAUUAAAAUGCCAAAUCAAGAUGGCUAUAUUUAUAUUGCGACAACGAUACAAUACGCUAGACAGAAUAUAUUUAAAAUUGGAUUUACCGUUGACUUAAAUAGGCGUUUAUCAGGACUAAAUACUGGAAAAAUUUCUACAGACCGUUUAUAUUACUCGUAUUAUAAGAAAACUUUUAAUGUUAGAAAAAUCGAACAAAUGAUUCAUAACUUAUUAGUGGACUAUAGGGAUUCUUCUAAAAAUGAAUUUUUUAAAUUACAUUAUACUUGUUUAUCUGAAAUAGUUAAGUUUGUUAUUAAUAAUUCAAAUAAACCAGAUGAAUAUUUUACUGACUUUGUCGAAAAUAAAGUGAAAGAAGCAUAUAACUUACGUCCUAUUGUUCCACCAAAAAUGCCAAUUCCAGACUAUAAUGGAUUAUCAGAAUCAGAAAUUGUAAAUACAUUGACGAAAAUAAUUAUUCAUUAUGGAGACUGCGAAGUUUAUGAAAUAAAGAGGACAAAAUUAGUAUCAGAUUUACAGAAAGAAUUGAGAUCUAAAUUACCAUCCAGAGUCGUUUGGAAUUUAUUUAAAACUCACUUUAAUUGGCAAUCAAAAAAUACACCAAUUUAUUGUGGGGAUCAUGAAACAACAGUUGUUUAUUAAUUUCAUAUAAAAAAAAAUAAUUA